GCCCAUGACCCAGUACUUCCGCCAGAAUUAUUGACGUAAGAUCCUUGCGACAUGCUGUCUGAUUCAAACAUGGCUUCGACUAGGUUAGAAAUAAAUUUUGUCAGAUUAUUGUCCCGUUGCGAAUCUAUUGCCUCGGAGAAGCGAGGGGAAACGGAAUGGAGAUUGGAAAAGUAUGUUGGUGCCCUGGAAGAGAUGUUGGUGGCUCUAAGGAAAAGUCCAAGCAAACCCACAGUAGAAGUGAUGACGGACUACACACGAAAAGUAGAUUUCUUGAAAGGUCUUCUAGAAGCAGAGAAACUGUCUGGGACAGAGAAAGCCCUGGCCAAUCAGUUUCUGGCUCCUGGACGAACUCCGACCAUAACCAGUGAGAGGAUGCCAGCCACUAAGACAGUUCACAUGCAGACAAAAGCUCGGUGCACAGGAGAGAUGAGAAAUGAGCUGAUGGCCACUGGCCUGCCAAACAAAGGAAACUCUGAAACAGACCUCCGAAACAGAAGGGGUUUGGCGCUGGAUGAAAGGCAGUCAGCAGCAGAACUGGAUGCAGUGCUACAGCACCAUCACAAUCUGCAGGAGAAACUGGCUGAAGAUAUGCUGAACCUGGCCCGCAACCUGAAGAACAACACUCUGGUGGCCCAGAAUAUAAUCAAACAAGACAACCAGUAUGAUCCUCUUCAUCCGGAUUUUCCCCAAACUAAGAUGAUGAUGAUGAUCCACACCACCUGGAUGUACCUAGAACAUAGAAGAAUACUUCUUCAGGAUCAGCUCAUCCAUUUCGUCCUGUUGGAUCGAAGAAAUGCUGACAUUAGAUCAGUGUCAGUCUAUCAGUCUAGAGAAUGGUUGUGACAAAGAGCCUUAAUCUUAAUCCAUGCUUGUCUGGCUGCAGUACACAUUAGCACGGCCCUGUCUGUGUCUACCGCAUGGAUUAAGGUACAGUUGAUUGACUGAAAACAAUAUCAGUAAUCUCAUUGUUCAUCUGUUAGGAUGGAAGUGUAGAUUCAUUACUUCCUGGCUAAUACCAUAGAAUUCUGUCCUAAAUUUCUUUGGAUCUUCGAAAAUCCUUGUAGCUGUCCUUUUUCAUUGUUAAUUUCCAGUGAGGUUGUGUUAGUUGGGACAGCUUUUAACUAAAAAGAUUAGAAACAUUUGUGUGGAAUAUAGUUUUCUAUUUUUUUCCUUAUUUUUUUAAUUUAUUUUUUAAAAGCUGAUCACUUUGUCUCAUUGUCAAAACCUAUACGUGUAGAGUAGUGUCCUCUGCUUUGUUAGCAAACAAGUAAUCAGUCCAGGAGAUGGACUUUACCUCUGCAUAUCAACUACUAGCUGUAAAUGCAAAGUUUUUGACCUGCACUCCAGUUCUCUAACUUUUUCCAUGAAAACAGUGUGUAGUUCACACCAUAUGGAUAAAAAAAAAGGAGUAUCUUAAACAUCAAUCUGAUGCUAUUGAAUCCUUACAGGUGGUAGUGAUCUAGAGCAAGGGGGAGAAUUUGACUGCAGCCCUUUGUCUCCUCAGAUAGUAGAAUGUUCAUUUUCAGGAACACGUGCUUCCUUAAUCCUCAGUGUUUGAACACAAAAGAAACACUGAUGCUUCAGAUGCAGGGAUUCCAGUAGUUGCAUUUGCAGUAGACCAGAGUAUGUAAGCUGAGCAGUCAGAAAUCUUUCUCUUCACUCAUGGAGAUGUCCUUAACUGCUCCACACUCAGGAAUAAUUGCCACUCAGUAAAUUGUUGUUUAAAACCACAAUAUAACCUGCAUCUACUUUUGUGAUUUACGUAAGAUGACAUGCAGUCAACAUAUCUGAAGAAAAUGUAUGAAGAAACCAAAACAUUUUGGUCAGCGAAUGCCCAGAGCUUGUGGUAGAGCAGUACCGGAGUCGGACAGAUGCCCACCAUUCCAAGAUUUUGGAUACCUGUUUCUCCCUCGAGUCGAAUUACACAAUCUGAUCACAUACUCUGCAGUGAAGUGGUCACAAGGACCUUUGAAUACAAACCUGCAGCUGCCUAAACCAGGAUAUCUCGCCGAAACCCGGGGUGUUGCUAAAUUACUUAAAUUUACUUAAUCCUAGAAUAGUUUAGACAAGGGAGAUCAAAAUACCUGAUUGGCAGGAAGUGCUAGUAGAGGGAUAACAAUGAUUUAGGUCAGUCACACUCUGACAGUGUGAGCAUUUAAAGCCCCAGUGUUGUUACUGAGAGGGGAGACUUUUGGGGCCUGGCUGACCUGUCCCUGCCUGGCUGUGGGGUUAUGAUAUUCUGAGACAAACUGAGGGUAUUUUUGUGAAUCGGAAAUAUGCGUAUGUAAUGUCACGACGACCAAAGUGUCAAAAUGAAGGACCUUGAGAGUAGAGCACUUGGAUGUCAUGGGUGUGUCACACUUAAACACUACGGUCUUGUGACAGAGGCACAAGUUCAGUUGAAGUGCAAUUGUAACAUGUUGUACUUAUUUAAAGCCUUGCAGGUUUUAAAUAAAAACAUUGUCACAUUUUCCUUUCCACCAUGGAUGACAUGGACAUGUUGUUAAUCACACAUAAUAACAAGUGUAUCAAUAAAAUUGUCGUGAAUGACUACUUAUACUCCCAACAUUCUCAAACUGGUCCUACUUGUUCACUCCCUCCCCUGCUUUUUUGCCUGUAGACAGACUCAACAGUUUUGUCUGUAGAUGCCUUGAGAAUGUGCUUAAGAUUCAGUGGUGGGAACUUAGUGUUCUAACUGUAAAGUGUUUCUAUAAAAAUGUAAUUUUAAUAAAUUACUUGUUGAAAUCCUCA